AGUGCGAUGGGGAAGCAGCUAACUAUUUUUAUACUAAUUUUUUUUUUAAAUUAUAUUAAGAUUAAAGUGCUUAUUAGAGGAAAGUUGACUGAAUUAUGAUAAAAGUAGCGAAAUUUCACUAAACAAUCAAAUUUCAGUCACAGCUCGAUUCCGAAAAGGUGGCAACUCCACGUGUUGUUUAUAUUUUGAUUUGUAUACAAUAUUUUGUAUAUUUUCUCGUAAAAUUGGGUAUCUAGCAGAUAAAUCAACAUGACGGAGUUCUGGAAAUCAAACGAGCGAAAAUUCUGCGACUUUUGCAAAUGCUGGCUGAGCGACAACAAAGCAAGCGUUGCCUUCCACGAGAGCGGGAAGCGGCACAAACUAAAUGUCGCCAAAAGGAUCACGGACAUCAGUCGCAGCAGCGAGAAAUCCGAGAGGGAACGCCAGAAAAUGGACGCAGAGAUCCGAAAAAUGGAAGAAGCGGCUAUGAGGUCGUACGCCCAAGAUGUCCAUUCCCGCGGUGACAUGACCGCCAGAUCUAUCAACACGGUAAUGAAGGCUACCGCCUCUUCGAGUAGUGCCCACUCCUCCGCCGGAAGAUCCCGUCAAAUAGAUCCCAUGCGCCUGGAAGGACUGUCUGACGAUGAAGAGGAUCAAAGAAGAGUUGCUCCCGGCAAAGUAACAAAUGAUGCUGCCGUUCCCGAUGCCUCCCUUUGGGUGGAGGGUAAAUCAGACGAGGGGCACACCUACUAUUGGAACGUCAAGACCAAUGAAUCCGUUUGGAAGCCCCCAAAGGAGGGUUAUCUAUCCUACGAGGAGUACGAGCGCAUCAACCAACUAGCCAUCGAUCAGCAAGAGAUUUCGCAAGCCCAGGAAAGCCUCAAAUUUCGGGCCAAUGCCGAUGAGGAGGUGGCGCGUGUGAACCGGGAAAAGAUGAAAGCUUUCCGGAAACCCGAUAAUCCAAAGGAAAGGAAGCAAAAGGAGGAGAGCCGUCAGGCAUUUAAAACGGAGGAGGAGGCGGCUACCAAAGAGAUUGGACAGUGGGAAACAGUAGUGGUCAAGGCACCAGAGGAGCCGGUGGACUGGCAGCUGCCCAAAACUGAUUACUAUAGUGCUGCUCCCGUGGUUUCCACUUCUAGUGAGCCCGAGCCUCCGGCGAAGCGAUUCAAGGAGAAGACGAUAAGUGGACUGGAUGCGGAAACAGCCGCCAGUGCACCUGCCACGUUCAAAAGAAAAUUCAUCAAAAAGGGCAAUAGCCGUCAGCGCGUCGAUGAUUAGGAGUAUUUUUAGUUUGUAUACAUAUAUAGUGUAUUGAUAAUAAAGUGAACAAUAUGACAUAA